UUCCCACACAAGUACCCCCAAGUUACCCCGCCAGUAGCGUACCCAAUCGGAAGCAUCGUCAUCGUCCAAUUCAACCACCACCACAACCUCAACUACAGAGAGCAAAGAAGUCGCUGCCUUAGACCCCCAAAAACAAUCCCAACAAUCAUCCUCUCACCACAACACCCUGAUCCAACCCUCAACCCGCAUCCAGAAAGGGUCACCCAUCCCCAUUGCGUCUCCACCGCUUGGAGACAACCACCACGCAGCAAUGCGACUCCUCCAGGAGCCCACCUCCCUCCUCCCCCUCCUCCUCCUCUCCACCCUUGCCCCCGUCCCCACCAUAGCCGUCCCAUGGGCUACAGGCGACAGCACACAAUCCCUCAGCGGGCGCGACGCCAAAGCAGCAGCAGCGCCGUACCACCGCUCCCACAGCGUGUUCCCGCAGCUGACAUGGCUGCGCGACACGGCGAUCGAGAAGAUCUUUGGUGGUGGCGGGAACGCGAAGACUGAUACGACGACGACGAAGCAGGAGAAUGGACAGACCGCGGCGACGAGCCAGCGGAGGCCGUUGAGCGCGCAGCUGCCGGCGACGUUGUUAGCGAAGUAUGGGGGGGAUGUGGUGCUGAGGUUUAAUAUCACGACGGAGGAGGAGGAGGCGGCGUUGGCGGAGGCGGCGGAUACGCUGUUUCUUGAUGUGUGGGAGUUUACGAAUAACUGGGCGGAUAUAAGGUUGGCAGAGGACGAUGUCCCGUCCCUCCUCGGUCUCCUCCCCAAAUCCCUCCACAACGCCUACUCCAACCUCAUGCCCGACCUCGCGCAAUCAAUCUACCAAUCCUACCCCUCCCUCGCCUUCUCCUCCCCCCCCUUUCCCCCCUCCGCCGGACACUCCUCCUUCACCCCCUCCGUCCACAAAACCGACGGCGCAACCGACAACAUCUUCUUCCGCGACUACCAGCCCCUCUCCGUCAUCAUCCCCUGGAUGCGCCUCAUGGCAUCCAUGUUCACCACCCACGUCACUAUGACCUCCAUCGGGCUCUCCUACGAAGGGCGUUCCAUCCCCGCCCUCCGCGUCGGCGUGCACCCCACCCCCGCCUCCCCGUCCUCAAAACGGAAAACCAUCAUCAUCGCCGGCGGCCUGCACGCUCGCGAAUGGAUCUCCACAUCCUCCGUAACCUACAUCGCCUGGUCCCUCAUCACAGCCUACGGAAAGUCCCCCGCGAUCACGAAAUUGAUCCACGAGUUCGACUGGGUCUUCAUCCCAACGCUGAAUCCGGACGGGUACGUGUACACCUGGGAAACCGACCGAUUAUGGCGCAAGAACCGCCAGCAGACCCACCUUCGCUUCUGCCGCGGCCUCGAUCUCGACCGCUCAUUCGGAUACCGCUGGGCCGGGUCGGCAUUCCAAGCUAACCCCUGCUCGGAGAGUUAUCCGGGGUCUGCGCCGUUUCAGGCGGUGGAAUCGCAUCGUUUGGCGGAGUGGGCGAAGACGCAGGUGGAGGAGAAUAAUGCCAAGUUUGUGGGAUUGUUGGAUUUGCACUCGUAUAGCCAGCAGGUCUUGUAUCCGUAUAGUUAUUCGUGCGAGGCGGAGCCGCCGACGAUUGAGAAUCUGGAGGAGCUGGGGAUGGGGUUGGCGAAGGCGAUUAGGAUCUCGAGUGGGGAGUUUUAUCAGGUUACGUCGGCGUGUGAGGGGAGUGUUGUUACGAGGAAGGGGAAGGGGAAGGGCAAGAGCGCAAAGACCACCGCGAAGUCCGCGAAGUCGAAGAAGAAGGAUGAAGAGAAGGAGGGCCCGAUGCAGCAGAUCCGCAUGGAGAGCGGAGGGGGGUCGGCGAUCGAUUGGUUCUAUCAUGAGAUGAAGGUGCGGUAUACGUAUCAGCUUAAGCUGAGGGAUACGGGGAGUUAUGGGUUUUUACUCCCGGGAGAACAUAUUGUGCCGACGGGCGAGGAGUCGUUUAAUGCGGUGAAGUAUUUUGGGGAUUUCUUGAUGGGGAAUAAGGGGAUUGAGAGUGUGGAUGGGGUGGAGGUGGAGGGAGAGGUAGAGGUGGGAGGUGAGGGGAGUGAGGAGGAGGGAGUUGAGAAUGUGGCAGUGGAAGAGGGUGAGGGUGAAGAUGUGGAUAAGGAUGAUGAUGAGGAGUGGGUGGUGGUUGAGAACGAGGACACUGAGAGAGCAGCGAUUGAUAUGUCCGAGCUACGGCGGAGGAGGAGAUGAGGUAGAAUGUGUAAAAUUGAACCUUUUGGACAGACAUGUGAUGGAUUACUAGGAGUUUGGCAGGGUUUGGCAGGAUUUGGCGUCUGGGAGAGUAUUGGGACGCGAGGAGGGAAAUUUGCCAUACGAUACUGAUACGAUACGGUGCGGAUAGUUCGGGAUUGGAUAGCUGGGGUUGGCUGUUUUCGGGAAGGAGUGUAUGAUGUUUUGAGGGUAUGUGGUGGCUAUAUGAAGUAAUCUAUGUAUGUGUGUGGAGGAGAUAGUGGUGGUGAAGAUAGCACUGGAGAUAGGGAAGAACAAAUCAUACUGUACUUACUUUUUUCUCUGAUAAGCCCAAUGGCAAUGCGACGGG